CAAACUGAAAAAGUUAAGUGAAGAUAGUUUAACUAAGCAGCCUGAAGAAGUCUUUGAUGUUCUGGAGAAACUUGGUGAAGGGUCCUAUGGUAGCGUGUUUAAAGCAAUACACAAAGAGUCUGGACAAGUUGUAGCAAUUAAACAGGUCCCUGUGGAGUCAGAUCUUCAAGAAAUAAUUAAAGAAAUCUCUAUAAUGCAACAAUGUGAUAGCCCCUAUGUUGUCAAGUACUAUGGCAGCUAUUUUAAGAACACAGAUCUAUGGAUUGUUAUGGAAUAUUGUGGAGCUGGCUCUGUUUCAGACAUAAUUAGACUUCGUAAUAAAACGCUAACAGAAGAUGAAAUUGCAACUAUUCUGAAAUCUACUCUUAAAGGACUUGAAUACCUGCACUUCAUGAGAAAAAUACAUAGAGAUAUAAAGGCUGGAAACAUCCUUCUUAACACUGAGGGACAUGCAAAAUUAGCUGAUUUUGGUGUUGCUGGCCAGUUAACAGAUACAAUGGCAAAACGUAAUACCGUUAUAGGAACUCCAUUUUGGAUGGCUCCUGAAGUGAUACAAGAGAUUGGCUAUAACUGUGUGGCAGACAUCUGGUCCCUUGGGAUCACUUCGAUAGAAAUGGCUGAAGGAAAGCCUCCAUAUGCUGAUAUUCAUCCAAUGAGGGCUAUUUUUAUGAUUCCUACAAAUCCCCCUCCAACCUUCCGGAAGCCAGAGCUCUGGUCUGAUGAAUUCACAGAUUUUGUGAAGAAAUGCUUAGUGAAAAAUCCUGAACAGAGAGCUACAGCAACACAGCUGCUACAGCAUACAUUUAUUAAGAAUGCCAAGCCAGUUUCAAUUUUAAGGGACCUGAUCACUGAAGCUAUGGAGAUAAAGGCAAAGCGACAUGAGGAACAGCAGAGAGAGCUAGAAGAGGAGGAAGAAAAUUCGGAUGAAGAUGAGCUGGACUCUCACACCAUGGUGAAGACCAGUUCGGAGAGUGCUGGUACCAUGAGGGCCACAAGCACGAUGAGUGAAGGCGCUCAGACAAUGAUUGAACACAACAGUACUAUGUUAGAAUCGGACUUGGGGACCAUGGUAAUAAACAGUGAUGACGAUGAAGAGGAAGAUGGGACCAUGAAAAGAAAUGCUACUUCACCACAAGUUCAAAGACCUUCUUUCAUGGACUACUUUGAUAAACAGGAUUCCAAGAAUAAAAGCCCUGAAAACUGUAAUCAGAAUGUGCAUGAACCUUACCACAUAUCCAAAAACGUUUUCCCUGAUAACUGGAAAGUCCCUCAAGAUGGAGACUUUGAUUUUGUAAGGGACUGGAGCAUCUCCCAU